AUGGAGUGUGACAGCCCACAGGAGGAGCUGCCUGUCAGGCCAGCACCAGCAGGAGAAGCCACCGCAGCUCAGCUGCCCGCUCCGUCAGCUCCACCACUAGAGCUCCCCGAGCCACCGCCGCCACUAUCGCCGCCGCCGUCCGCGCAGCCUCCCGUGCCGCCGACGCUCGCGCCGCCAACCGCGCCGCCACCGCCAGCGCCGCCCAAGCAGCGCGGGCCGCGCUUGCCGGCCUCGCAGCACCGCGCCUCUCGGGCAGCAGCUCACAGAGUGGUGGUUACACCAGCCGCAGCAGCAGCAGCAGCGGCGGCCGCAGGAGCACAGGAUACACAGGCCAGAGGGCCCGCCGGUACGGCGGUACUCGCCGCAAUGAGCCGCCAGCGCUCGCCCCCCCUGCGCCUUCUCAGCCUCAGCGUCAACGGCCUUCGGGACAAAGACAAGAGGCGCUGCCUCUUCAACCUUUUGGAGCGUGACAAGUGGGACGUCGUCCUCCUCCAGGAGACCCACCACAGCUCAGCAGAGGAGGGGGCAGCUUGGGCGCAGGAGGGGCCCAACGGGCUCCGCUGCAACGGGCCCUCGUUCUGGUGCCACUACACCUCCCAUUUCCGCGGCGAAGCGGUUCUCUUCAGGGCCGCAGCCCGCACAUCAGACAUCACAGCGCGCAGCAGCAGCGCGUCAGGCCGCACUUUCCUCGGGGAGUGCCUACGGCUCUGCAGCCUGGAGGCUGCCUCUCCACCUUCUGGAUGA